AUGGCCCAAUUUGGGCACUCAAGAAUCGUGGUGUCUCUUGUGUUGGCACUUUACGUCGUGGGAUAUGGUAUCGGCCCAUUGUUAUUUUCUCCACUGAGCGAAAUCCCUUCGAUCGGACGCAACCCACCUUAUGUCAUAUCCUUCGCAAUAUUCGUCGUCAUCUCGAUCUGUCUAGCUGUGCUUGACAAUUUCCCUGCGAUCGUUGUGCUUCGGUUCUUUCAAGGUUUCUUCGGUAGUCCAUGCCUGGCGACAGGAGGCGCAACUAUAUACGAUAUCUAUUCAGUAUCGGCAGCCCCUUACGGUAUUUCUAUCUGGGUAGCCUGCAUCUACUGCGGCCCAGCAAUAGGACCUCUUCUUGGCACACUGGCGGUUAAAAAUAUAAAUUGGCACUGGCCAUUAUGGCAGAUUGCCAUUAUGGGAAGCGCAAUUCUGUUCUUCAUGAUGUGUUUCCUCCCAGAGACAUCUUCAAGCAACAUUCUUCUGCGUCGAGCACACCAGCUCCGCAAAGCUACAGGCAAAAAGAAUAUUGUUGCUCCGAGUGAACUAAAGCCGAUGAAAGUUUCAACACAUAUCUCCCAAUCGUUGAUUCGGCCAAUGGAAAUCGCAAUCAAAGACCCUGCGAUAGCCUUCGUGUGCAUCUACGCUUCAUUCAUUUAUGCCAUUUAUUACUCCUUCUUUGAAGUAUUUCCGCUGGUAUACCAAGAUAUUUACAAGAUGUCAGCCGUUUCAUACAGCUUGACAUUCCUUGCUAUCGUGGUAGGAUGUCUAGUUGCCUUUUCUGUCUACAUUCUCUACCAGCGUCAGGUGAGAGAAUCACAAGAAGGAUUGAUUUCAAUGAAUCGGCACGAGAAAAAUCUCGUUCCUGCUCUUCCGGGCGUGAUACUAACACCUGUCGGCUUGUUUAUCUUUGCCUGGACGGCACGAGAAUCUAUCCAUUGGAUUGUGCCCACUCUGGGGAUCGCGAUUUAUGCUGGUGCCACCUUUGGUGUUUUCCAGUCCAUUUUGACAUACCUCCCAAUUACAUAUCCGCAAUUUGUGGCAUCACUCCUUGCAGCGAACGACUUUACACGGUCAGCUACGGCGGCAGUUCUUAUCAUUGUCAGUACUUAUAUGUACGACGAUCUUGGAGUUAGCAAAGGUGUGACUCUUUUGGGGAGCAUAUCCGUCUUAGGUAUCGCUGGCAUGUGGUUAUUUUGGAUUUUUGGAGCCAGCCUAAGAGCAAGGAGCAGAUUUGCAUCCUCGUAG